CCCUUCUACCAAUCAUCUGGCCUCUUUCCUUCGGUCGAAAAUAAAGAAAUUGACCACUUUCCCGGAUUUCUAACGCACUGGAAAGCAAUCAUUUUAUUGUGGAAAUUAAUACCAAAAGAAAAGUAGAAAAGUGGUAGAUAAGAAAGAGUUCCAAAAUAUUAUGGGAAAACUAGAAUUUUAGUGGUGAAGAUAUCUACAGUCCUUCCCAGCGAUGGCCAUUUUCAAUGGCUGAACGUGGUGGACAAAUAAAGCUUUUGAGCACUUUAACCAAACCAUUAUAAUAAAGAUUAGAGAGACUAGGAACACCAUUUUGAGCAAAAGAACAUCAUACAUCAAGCUGGAAAUUACCACUCCAGCUAGCCAAUAAUUUGUACCAAUAUCUGGCUGCAAUGAGUGCAAAUGCUAAAGAUGAGCUCAAAACGGACACAGAUAUCACAAGGAUACCUUCAUCACGGCAACAUUCGAGUCGUUUUCCAUAUGUUCACAAGGUUGGAAAACCUCCAAAGCAAAACCUUUUGACAGAAUUAAUGACUAGUUUCAAGGAAACUUUCUUUUCCGAUGACCCUCUGCGCCCUUUCAAGGAUCAACCGAAAUCGAGAAAGUUUGUCCUUGGUCUUGAAGCUCUUUUCCCUAUUCUUGGUUGGUCCAGGGAAUAUAAUCUUAAUAAAUUCAAAGGGGACCUAAUUGCUGGACUUACCAUUGCUAGCCUCUGUAUUCCUCAGGAUAUUGCAUAUGCAAAGCUUGCAAAUCUGCCACCGCAGAAUGGGUUAUACACUAGCUUUGUUCCACCUCUUGUUUAUGCCUUCAUGGGUAGCUCAAGAGACAUAGCCAUAGGGCCGGUAGCAGUUGUUUCUCUCUUGAUUGGAAGUAUGCUGCAGGAUGAGAUUGAUCCCAAAAAUGCAGUUGCUUAUCGGCGCCUUGCAUUCACUACAACUUUUUUUGCUGGAAUUGCUCAAAUGAUGCUAGGAAUUUUCAGAUUGGGUUUCUUGAUCGACUUCAUAUCUCAUGCUGCCAUUGUUGGAUUUAUGGGUGGAGCUGCCAUUACAAUUUCCCUUCAACAGCUAAAAGGUUUGCUCGGCAUAAAAAAUUUUACAAAGAAGACUGAUAUUGUUUCUGUUAUGCGUUCAGUAAUUAACUCGGCACAUCAUGGGUGGAAUUGGCAGACUAUAGCCAUAGGAAUCUCGUUCUUGGCUUUUCUUCUGAUUUCUAAAUACAUUGGAAAAAGAAACAGGAAGCUCUUCUGGCUGCCUGCAAUUGCACCUUUGUUUUCGGUUAUUGCCUCCACCCUUUUGGUGUAUUUAACUCAUGCUCAGGAUCAUGGCGUUCAAGUUGUGAACCAUAUCAAAAAAGGCAUAAAUCCUUCAUCAGUGGAUGAAAUAUAUUUCACUGGAGAAUAUGUUUCCCAUGGCUUUAGGAUUGGUGUUGUGGCAGGAAUGGUAGCACUUACAGAAGCCAUAGCAAUUGGAAGAACAUUUGCUGCCAUGAAGGACUAUCAGCUGGAUGGAAACAAAGAGAUGGUAGCAUUAGGAACAAUGAAUCUUGUUGGUUCAAUGACAUCUUGCUAUGUGGCUACAGGAUCCUUUUCGCGCUCAGCAGUGAAUUAUAUGGCAGGUUGCCGAACGGCUGUUUCCAACAUAGUUAUGUCUAUUGUUGUGCUCCUAACACUGCUGCUCAUCACACCUCUGUUCAAGUACACCCCAAAUGCAAUACUGGCUUCUAUCAUUAUUUCUGCAGUUGUAGGCUUAGUUGAUGUUGAGGCGGCAAAACUAAUAUGGAAGAUAGACAAAUUCGACUUCAUUGCUUGCAUGGGAGCUUUCUUUGGAGUCGUUUUUAUUUCUGUUGAGAUAGGUCUAUUGAUUGCGGUCUCUGUAUCCUUUGCAAAAAUUUUGUUACAAGUAACAAGGCCUCGGACUGCAAUACUCGGGAAGCUUUCAAGAACUAGUGUUUACAGGAAUAUCCAACAAUAUCCAGAUGCUAGACAGGUUCCUGGAAUUCUGAUUGUUAGAGUUGAUUCUGCAAUUUAUUUCUCCAACUCUAACUAUAUCAAGGAGAGAAUUUUGAGAUGGUUGAAUGAGGAAGAAGAGAAACUGAAGCAAAGUAGUCAGCCUAAAAUCCGUCAUUUGAUUGUGGAAAUGUCACCUGUUACUGAUAUUGACACGAGUGGCAUCCACGCUUUGGAAGAAUUGUUUAGGAGUCUUCUAAAGAGAGAUAUUCAGCUUGCUCUAGCAAACCCAGGGACUAUAGUUAUUGAGAAACUUCAUUCAUCCAAGUUUGCAGACUUGAUCGGGGAGAACAUGAUUUUUCUUUCGGUUGCCGAUGCUAUUUUUACAUUUGCUCCCAAGACUACUGAAGAAGCUUGAUACCAAUUUAGCAAAUACUUGCUAGAAAUUUGUACCGGUCGUUUUUCUUUUUGGUGUGAUUGAAGAAGUUUUGUUUUCUUAAUUGACGUACGCUUUAAGAAACAUCUUGAAUCCUUUUUCUUCAUGUACCAUCACUGAGUUACUUGUUCUUUUUGCUUGUAAUCCACCAAAACUUUCUUCAGGGUCAAUUAAAUGCAUCACAAAAGAAAAAAAAAAUCUGUGGUCUUUCUCAGUCCAAAUCCUAGAUAUAGGAGGCCUUCAAUUCACAACAGCAUUGAGUUUCUGUUGUGCAUAGUUAUCAGUCUAUCUUUUCGGUUUUAUGUACUUUUUUUAACUUUUUGUUUCUCUUAUAAAACUUGUUGGCCAGGAAACAAAUAAUUUAGCACUUAAAAAAAGAGGAAAGUCAUGAA